GAGGAAUCGAUAUUGAAACAAUACGACUUUAAAGAAUCUAAUUAUUUUGCAAACUCCAUUUCAUCGUGAUGUAUUAUGAACGAAGCUAAAAGGAUAGCCUGUGCCUUCAUGUUCAUUUCGCAAAUAUCGGGUUUCUUGAUUAUCAUAGGACCUUUAAUGACUCAAAACGAAAGACAGUUACCGAUGAAAAUGUACGUACCGUAUUCUAUGGUGGAGUUACUUCCUUAUCUGUUGACUUAUCUUGAGCAAGUUGCAGUUAUAUUUUACGGGAUAUCACUAAACGUCGCUUUUGAUUCCCUCGUUUACGGUUUCAUUAUUCAUACUUGCGGGCAGAUCGAGUUGUUGUGCUAUCGAUUGUCGGAAACAUUCCGAUUUCUACAGGAGAACAAUAAAGAGAAGGAGCACGACGUCAUCGAGAAAUUUGCCAUUGCGGAAUGCGUGAGACAUCAUGUUUCGGUGUGCAAUAUCAUGCACAGAAUACAAUCAUUAUUUAUGUGGAUUAUCACCAUUUUGUUCUUCUUCAGCCUUAUCACUCUUUGCAGCAGCGUCUAUCAGAUGUCUAAAGUAUAACAAUUGGUUUAAAACAUGUAUAGAAUUGAUAUCAGUUAAGUGUAGAUAAUAUUCAAUCGAUGUCUUUAUAUUACAGAA